UGCAACAAGUUAGCUAGUUUAACUAACACUGACGGUAAAAAGUUCAAUAAAUUGUAAAAUAAAAACAGAUAUUAGAACAAAAGAGAAUUGAAAGACCAAGAAAAUGCAUCGCUACAAGGUGAAUGCCAUGGUGGGCGAGGGUUCUUUUGGUCAUGUCUACAAGGCAGUGCGUAAAGAUGACAAUCAAAUUGUGGCCAUAAAAGUUAUAUCCAAGCGGGGCCGUACUAGUCGUGAUUUAAAAACCUUAAGACGCGAGUGUGAAAUACAGGCCCAUCUCAAGCAUCCCAAUGUCAUUGAGAUGCUGGAGUCAUUUGAGACAAAACAUGAUUUGGUAGUGGUCACGGAAUUUGCCACCAUCGAUUUACAUCGCUAUAUGGAACGUAAUGGCUAUUUGCGUGAGGAUAAAGGUCAACGUUUGAUUUGCGAUUUGGUAUCGGCCCUAUACUAUCUACACUCCAAUCGUAUACUUCAUAGAGAUUUGAAGCCACAAAAUGUUUUGCUGGACGAAGAGCUGAGAGCAAAGCUGUGCGAUUUUGGUUUGGCACGCAACAUGACCAUGAGCACCCACAUGUUGACUUCAAUAAAGGGCACACCCUUGUACAUGGCCCCCGAGCUGUUGGAAGAGAAACCCUAUGAUCAUCAGGCGGAUAUAUGGUCUUUGGGUUGCAUAUCCUAUGAAUGUUUAAUAGGUCAUCCACCGUUUAGCACAACCUCCAUAUUGCAUUUGAUAAAAAUCAUUAAAAAAGAUGAAGUAACCUAUCCGGGAUACUUGAGUAAGGAUAGUCGCUCAUUUUUGCAAGGCUUAUUGGAGAAAGAGCCCACCAUGAGGGCUAGCUGGGCCCAAAUCUUGUGCCACCCCUUUGUCGAAGGCAGGUUGUACAUAAAGGCUGGAGUUAAAGCAGAGAAUUCUCCCUUUGUAAAUCCUCAGAAUAUAAAGACCAAAUCCACCAAAGCGUCAAAUUUGAGCAAGGAAAACAACGUAGCUCAGCUCAAUAAUAAGCUGCGUUCCAUUAAAUUGGAUGAAUCUCAAGACAACAUGACUUGCUCUCGUGAUAGUAUCAAUGCCAUACCUCCCAGUGAUGUGGAGAAUUUGGAAACCGAUCUUGAAGACAAUAUCAUUGUGCCAUUUGCCAAUGAAUCAUUCCAAGGAGAUAGACUGGUGAAUAAAAUCAAUAGCGAUAAAAAUUCCACACAUUUAACAAGGCCACCCACCAUAGGUGGUGAUAUGUUUCAAAUACCUGGAGUCCAUAUGCCCAUCAUUAAUUCACAAACAUGUUAUGUUAAUGGCAACAAUAAUAUGAUUCUAAAUAAUCUCGAAGAUAAUUUCACAUUUGGCAGCGACUCGCCAGAGGAAACUUUAGACAAGGAAAACGAAAUUAAAGAGCAAAACAACAGCAAUAUGGUUGUUAAUACCUUGCAAGAGAAUUUCGCCUUAAAUGAUGUUACCAAUAAUGGGGAUAAUCUAAGUUUCUCACGUAGACGCAGUGAAUCGGAAGAACUUAAAAAGACAUCACCUAGAAAAAAUCAAUCACUUGAUGUAGUAAUGACAGAGAAACCUAAACAAACCCUACAUUUGGAAAAAGACUGCUUUAGGGAAAAUACCCAUCGUGUUAAUAAUGAAAAUUUACAACAACAAACAUCACAAGAAAAAAUGAAGCAAUCCAAAGCAGGAAACCAGGCAGGGGAAAAUGAAUGCCCAAAAUUAAGACAUUCAAAGAAAGAACAAGAGAACUUGGGAAACAGUGAACAAAGGACUAUCUCAGUGAAGGUCUCAAAUCAAUCGUUGGAGGGAAAACAUAAUACACAAAACACUCCCCCUUGCCUUAUGCCUGGCUGGGAUUCUUGUGAUGAAUCUCAAAGUCCACCCAUGGAAAGUGACGAAUGGUUGGCAUUUUUAGAACGCACCAUACAAGAAGUUCUGGAUGGUGAAUUGGAUUCAUUAAAACAAAAGAAUUUGGUGAGCAUUAUUGUGGCUCCUUUGCGUAAUUCCAAAGCAAUACCCAAGGUAGUGGAAAGCGUGGCUCAAUUGCUGUCGUUGCCAUUUGUACUUAACGAGCCUCUAAGUAUUAUGGAAUCCAUUAACAAGGUCUAUGUCGAUUGCAAAAUAGUUCCUAAUCUCAUGUAUGCUUCCAAGUUACUCAUCUAUGAAAGACUGCAAAAUGAUUCGGUGACAUCAUUACCUCGCAAUAUUCGUUCGAUAAAUGAAAUGAAUAAUGAAGAAAUCAAGUGCAUCUCACGACUCUAUGAGUUGAUAUGUCAUUUUGUGCAUUUAAAUUUGCAAUUUCUCAAUCAAUUCUGUGAUGCUGUAGCUAUUUUAUCGGCCAAUGAAUUUCUCAUAAAUUUUUUAAAUCAGGAAUUUAGAAACUCUCAUGCUCUACGUAUAGCAAAUAAUAUUUUGGCUCUUUUGGGAUGUGUGUUGCGUGAGCUGCCCGAAAAUGCUGAGCUGGUGGAAAAGAUAAUAUUUUCGCCAAAAGUGGAUUUAAGCUCAUUGAUGCAUAGCAGUGAUGAUCUCUUGCGUUUGAGAAUUUGUAUGCUAAUGCGUCUAUUGGGCAGAUACAGUUUAAGGGCAUUGCAAGCUGCUUGGACAAAAGAGGUGAGAGAAGCUAUUGAGUUGUUGGCCGAAGAUGACAACGAAGAGGUGAAGCAGGAAGCUGGCAAUACUGUUGAAGAGCUUCACAAAUUCUCAUUUUAUUCCUAAACUUAAAGUAUUAUUGAGUAUUAAUAUUCUUCCAUUAGUUAUCUUUACUUAGAGUAAAGUUCAAUUCUAAGCAUUUAUAUUUUAUUUCAAGAAAAUGUUGUUUACUACGCACUUUUAUCAUUUACAAACUUUUUUAUAUACUAUUAUAUUAAGAUAUCGACGCAUUAUAAUGUACUAAGUAAAGAUUUUAUCAAGAGUUCCUUGUACAUAGUCAAUCAUUUCAUUUAAAUAAUGGCCGAAACGAUCAAAAUCGAAUAGGCCAUCUCCUACACAGUCUUCUUCAUACAUUUCAUUCAGCUUGGCAAUAUCCUUAUCCGAAAGGCCACGUCGCUGGCCCAAGCUGGCAUAGGGAUCCUAUAAGAAAAGUGCAUAACACUUAGAUAAUCAUACUCCACCCCGAAACUGCUUAUAUGCGUCCUGGCGUAUUUGUUAAAAUUAUGGGCAUGUCCUGGUAUUAUAUUUUCCCAAUUAAUUUUGACAUAAUCAUCCCUUUCAGUUGCCGAUUGCUGAUGAUAGAAUCCCAGGGCAUGUAAUAUCUCGUGUACCACAACACCAUGUGUAACGCACUUUGGGCGUACGCACUUGUCCACCUUGCCGCCUACCCACACUGGACCAACAACCAGAAUAAUUGCCUUUAAAAACUAUCCAAUUUUUGUCUCCCUUCUCAUAGGGACGAAAACGUAUGCAAGUCUUAUCGUGAUAUUCUUUAAAGGCUUUUAGGAUGGUCA